UCUGCCAGGACGCCGCAGGUCCCGGGGCGGCUGACGCCGUCCGGGGCGUUCCUGGGAGCUGGGGGCCGGCGAGGUUAGACCCGAAGCCCGGGAGGAGCCGGCCGGCGGCCACGUGACCGACCGCGGCGGGGCCCAGAAAUAGCAGCGGCGGCGGUCCCGCCCGCGGGCGGCCGCGAGGGAGAGGCGGAGACUGGGGGCCGCCGGCUCGGCGCGGGCGCGGCCCCGGAGGAUGCUCAGCUCCUGCCCGGCCCGACCCCGAGCACAUGAUGGCGAUACGGGAGCUCAAAGUGUGUCUUCUCGGGGACACCGGGGUUGGGAAAUCAAGCAUUGUGUGUCGAUUUGUCCAGGAUCACUUUGACCACAACAUCAGCCCGACCAUUGGGGCAUCUUUUAUGACCAAAACUGUGCCUUGUGGAAAUGAACUUCAUAAGUUCCUCAUCUGGGACACUGCUGGUCAGGAACGGUUUCAUUCCCUGGCCCCCAUGUACUACCGUGGGUCUGCUGCAGCUGUCAUAGUGUACGACAUCACCAAACAGGAUUCAUUUUAUACCUUGAAGAAAUGGGUAAAAGAACUGAAAGAACAUGGCCCAGAAAACAUUGUAAUGGCUAUUGCUGGAAACAAGUGUGAUCUCUCAGAUAUUAGGGAGGUUCCCUUGAAGGAUGCUAAGGAAUAUGCUGAGUCCAUAGGUGCCAUCGUGGUUGAAACAAGUGCAAAGAAUGCUAUUAACAUUGAAGAGCUCUUCCAAGGAAUCAGUCGCCAGAUCCCACCCUUGGACCCCCAUGAAAAUGGAAACAAUGGAGGAAUCAAACUUAUGAAGCCAUCCACGCAAGCCGGCCCGCGGUGCUGCUGACCCGUGGGCCAGGGUCCACUGUACUGGAAGAAGCCAGAGCCCCCCGCCCUGUGCACUGCUGAAGGACCUCCCACCCUCGGUGGCCUGGCACCUCACUUAGAAAGAGUGAGCGCGCUGGCUUGGCAUCCUGGAAGACCUGCAGGGAAUGGGGCAAGAUUGUCCCUGGAAAAGGGUUUUAGAAAACUCUGGAAAAAUCCACCAUACCACCGCAAAGUGGCCUUUAGUGUAUGAAAUGCACCUGGGAGGGAAUGGAUGUUAGGUAAUAAGUAUAUUUGAGUUUUUCGUUAAAAGUCUUAAAAUAUUCUUAAAUUUGUACAGAAGUCUUACUGGCUCAUUAUGUGUGUGAGAUUCUAAAGUGGAGGUCCACUCUGAUGUCCUGUGUCCCCCGCCAGAUUUCAGUAACUUCUUCAGUGCCAUUGCCUUGCUGCCUAACCAGCCUUCAUGGAAAGGUUAAUUUAAUUUAGUUUAAUUUACCUUUCAGUGGAGUGUAAUUGGACCAUCACUCAAGCUGUGGACUUGAGCUGUUAUAAAAGUGGAGAAAGAUGUAUUAGAAAGUGUUGUCUACAUCUCUGACUUUUACUUGAUAAACCUUUUUUUAAGUUUUGGUCAUAUGUAAACAAACCAAAUCUGACUAAAAUAUUGCGUGUGAUUUUGGGAUUGGGAGGCCUGGUUUGGAAGACUCAUUUAGUAGUUAUUGUGUAAUCAGUGACAGAUGUAGGAUAUAAAUAUUAUUCCAGACACCGCCUGGUAUGCAUUGCCUCCACAGUAACAAAUUCCUACUUUCUUAGAGAAAUUUAAUGCACAGAGUAUUAUUUUAUUAAGAGAAUAUAUCGGGGCCGGCCCCAUGGCUGAGUGGUUAAGUUUGCGCUCUCUGCUUCAGCUGCCCAGGGUUCGCUGGUUCGGAUCCCGGGUGCAGACCUAGCACCACUCAUCAAGCCAUGCUGAGGCGGCGUCCCACAUAGCACAACCAGAAGGACCUACAACUAGAAUAUACAACUAUGUACUGGGGGCUUUGGGGAGAAGAAGAAGGGAAAAAAAAGGAAGAAGAAGAUUGGCAACAGAUGUUAGUUCAGGUGCCAAUUUUUAAUAAAAGUGUUUUAAAAAGAGAGAGAAUAUAUCAUAGUGUCAUAUCUAGGGGGAAAAUUAACUAGAGGAUGUUUGAGUCUAGACCAAAGGGCAAACAUCUAAUAGCAUCAAUUUAUAAUAGAUUACAGGAAAGCCAGCCAGACGAGGUACCAACACCUUAAGAUUCUCAAUUCCAGAUUAAGAUUCCCAAAACUAUAAAAUUGGAGAAAGCGUUUUAGAAGAUGCCAAGCUUGGGGGGUGAGUUUGGGGGAGUAACCAGAGGUCCAACUCUGGAGUGCAAAUUGGCUGAGAAUAGGCUUCGAUAAAACCUUCCUUUUCAGGUUCUCUGUCUGCUCAAUUAAUUAAAGAUAUGUGAAUCCAGUGGAAGUAAAGGGAAAGAAGGCAUGAAAAAAGGGAAAAGCUUUUCCAUGGAAAAUUCAAAUCCUAUUACCAUUCUAACUGUCAUAAAAACCCAGGGUCAAGAAGCAGUUGAUUUCCUAGUAGGGCUCAUAUCGGGAGGUGAUUCUUAAAGGACAUUUGGAUCGGGGCCUCUUGUGGGGGCUGCAAGGGAACAGCCUCACGCAGCGUGGCAGCAGAGCCGAUGAACCUUAUUUGCCAGGAGCGUUCAAGGCCAGGCAAACAUUAGUUGAACACCUACAGUGUAAAGCCAGGAAAGAGAUAGUGAGCUGAUUAAACCUUGAACUUUGAGUCACUCAGCGUGACCUGGUACUUAGAGUCCUCUCUCGGCUGUGCGCACCAUGCUCACGGCAGGUGGAGACGCUGAGUCCACCAUCAACAGAAAGCAAGAGUACUUGAGAGACCAGGGCCAAGUUUACACUCCUGUAAGUGGUCUGCAAUCAAGAAAACAGGUGGAAAUCACAGAUUUAGGUUUUUUUUAAUUCAAGAAUAUGCUGUCAAUUUGAUGUUCUAACUGCUUCACCCAGCUUGCCAGCGUAGUUGACAAUCUUAGGAUGUGAGGGCAUAUUUUUGGUUCAAGGGGGCCCCUUAGGUCUCCCAGACAGUACCUCAAGAACUGUUGGCAAGUGGCAUUUGGAUGUCUUGGCAGGGGUCCUUAGGGCUUUCUGCACAUUGUCAACAUUACUGACCUACAUGAUUCUGCUUGCCGGCCAAGUGAUUACCGUGCCUCUUUCCAAAGUUAAAAAAUUUGGGUUCCAAAUUGAAAUGACCUCUUUCUGGGUGACGUGCAGGCUUAUUUUGGAACCCUUCCUCACCCAACAGUCCCUGAGAACCUGGGUUUAUCUCUAGACAGCCGCUGGGUUGCCAAGCUAAGGUGGUACGCUCCUCAGCAGCCUCUGCAGCUCUGGGCCAGCUCUUCAGUGGUUGUGUCUUGCAUAAAAUAGCUGAUCUUAACCACACACAGCCAGCUACCCAUGAAUGAGCCCCUGGUUUUAUUUCAGAAGCACCUGAGGGUGUGAACCACUCUUACCUUAACUAUUCAAGCCAGUCAGAUGACAGAAUAUAUAUAAUCACUGCUUGGAGCAACUGGUGUCAAGAGUGGAUGGCACUUGAGCACAUGAGCAUUUGCAUAAACGCAGAGGCUUCUCUGAAGACGGGUGCUCCAGCCUUGUCUGCAGCGAGGCCAUCUCAUCUGCCUUUGAUUUGUCUUGAGAUUACUUUCUGGCUGUUCUAAUAUUGAACUAUAACCAUGUAAUAUUAUGUAAAGGCCUGGAAAUUACUAUGGCUCCACAAUGUCAAGGAGUUUUAUGUGCUGUAGCAUCCUUCACAUCAUUUUUCCAAAAUUUACUCCUUUUCCUCUGUUUUCUUUCCUUUCGUGUGUGGUAUGUACGUGUACAUGUGUAAAUAUGAUUUCGUAUUUGUUAGGCCAGCGUAUAACCCCUUUCACUGGCCGCAUUUGGCUCGUGACGGUGUGUUAUCUAAUGUAGGCGUGGGCUCUCCUAGGGGUUAUCUCCCCAUGGAAAUCCCAAAGAGGGCACUGGGGUCAUAUAAAUAUUUUAUGUAGGUACAUAAUUGACUUGCCAUUUUAUAGUAGAAAAUGGUACAUUAGGGUGCUGAAUAUGACGUUACCUUUCAGACCAUAGAAGGUUGAAGAUCUAAAGCCAAGCUUUAGCCAACAAAAGGGCUGUGCACCAAUAAGAACUGAAUUUAUUUUCUGAGGGAGGUUUGGAUGACUGAAAUAUUUCCUGUAAGAUCAAGGAAGAUGGCUUGUGAUGGCCGACACUGAGCUCCUUCUGGGGGGCUCCACUUCUCACUGCUCAGCAACGCUCACAGCAAGUUGAAUAAUGAGCUGGCUUACAAAUGAAAGCGCCCUAAGCUGUAUUCAGACCUGUUAGGUAUCCAGUUUACUCUUUUAACCAUCAUUGCUGAAACCAGACCCAGUGAUCCAACAUCAUACUCUGUUGUGUAAACUCCUUUUUCUCAUGUUUUUAUAAAGAGCUUCUGUCUGGGCUGGACCCAGUUCUCGCGUAUCGAAGACGCUGCUGCAGACCAUUCCACCUUGUAUUCCACGGUAAAGCUUUGCCCUCAACAGCGUCCAAUUGUAUCUGUUAUUUUUGGUUUAACACACACUGAUUCAUACUAAUAAAUAUUUUAAGUUUUACCAA